UCGCGGCCAAUCGCAAGGGCCGGCCUCAGUGGGCUCUCGGAGGCGACAAUGGAGGCGGCGGGGCUCGACUACUCCGUGCACGAGGCGUGGACCGAGGCCACGAACGUCUACCUGGUGGCGGCGCUCGCCAGCGUGGGGCUUCUGGUGUACGCGCGCCGCAAUCGGCGCAAAAUUCAGAGGAUAUUUGGAAUGCCCCCAAGUGCUGACCGUGGACAAGAGGAUGCCUUCCUCAGUGACCUCCAGACGGUGCGACUCAGACAGCAGCUCGAGAUGUACUACAUGUCAAGGAAACAUGAACAGCGACAACAGCAGCUUGGAAUUAAACCGGACUCUGUACAACUACAGCUUGAAUGAGGCCCUGAACACAAAAUGCUGAAGACCGUGCACUUGCUUUUGCUCUGUUCAGAAUGAUGCAAGGGAGAUUGUCAAUGUUUAUUUAGCAUCAUGGAACCGUGCAUGGAAAGUGAAUUAUAACUGAAAACUCUCGUAAUAUAUUUCCUAAAUGUGGAUGUGUAACUUAACAAAGUCCACUUUUCCCGUUUGGGCUGUACCUUGAGAAUUCUCUCAAGCUUUCUCAAUGCACUGUUCAUUGCGGGCAUUGUUUGUUACAUGUUAAACACGAGCCCCAACACCAGUUCGAAUGAACUGAACACCAUUCACCUUCAUGUUUGAUAAAUUAAUGGUUAUGUUUAAAAGUGCAGUAGUAAUAUAUUUUCCUUGCCUAUAAACCAUUUUUUAAGUAUGUACAAUUACAUCAAUGUACAAAAUGUUGCACUAUGUAGUUAUCAGCGACAUUGCAUGAAAAUGCUGGCAGUUUUAAUGAAAAUAAAAACAAUGCAUUGCUUUAGAAUCUCAUAAAAACUUCUGGUCUGGUCAUUCCAGUAUCCAAUACUGUAUUUUGGAAUUAAUACUUGUUGUGUCUGGUCUAUAUUGGCAAUAUAUAUUCUUGUGCACUUUGCGUGCAUUUUGCGUGUGUUUCACGAUUUUUUUGUAUACAUGUUCUAUUUUGCUUGUAUUGUGCUGAUUACAGGUCAAUAAAUGACAUCAAACGUUAAA